AUGCCUCACUUUGCAAACCCUCUCUUAAGAAACGUCAUUAUCAAAUGUACGUUUGAUAGCAUCAAGAGGAAGCAAUGCCUCCAGUAUUUGAGAACCCUGAGGACACUGCAAUAUGAUGGAUUUAACACCGUGUACUUGGGGGAGACCGAUAUCCCCGAAAGUCUUGUCAUUGGGGACGAUUUUAGCGAUGGGUAUUUCAUGCAAACUCCAACGUGGUAUAUUGUGCAUGCCGGUGGUAGUCAAGGGUGGGUGCCCUGGAAAUACCGGAUGUUCCUAAGAGAUGAGCUAAGCGUCAAACGAGAAGACGGCCUCUUCUUCGAGUUCUGCCACGUGGCGAAGAAGGCCUACGGGAAGUGCGCCAUCGUGGUGAAAGACAGAAAGCGGAAGGAUGAGAUGCAGCCAAAGGAGGACAGAGGAUCUGAGGCCUGGGCCCACGUCCCGUCGGCCGUGAACUUAACGAGCAUCGUGUGUUGCCCUGAGGUGGCCAAGUCCUAUGGCCACGAGCUACUCUCUCUGCCUGCCCCUUACAGUUACCUGAGCCCUUUAGACUCAGCCUGGUCUUCCCUGAAGUGGUUUAUCAUCAAUAACAGAAAGGAGUUUUGUCUGCAGUCCAUGGACACUCUCCAUUCUUACCAGUAUAUACUUCUCAGCGGUUUAGUGAGCAAAGGGAUUGAAAGGAUCAACCCAAGCAAAUGGAGACUAGCAACUAACAAAGUGCGAAGAUGGGAGAACUACUAUCUUGGAAAAUUUUCUUAA